AUGGCCUUCAACAAGAAAUAUGCUGGUCUGCCAGACCUGGAUCCCGCCCCGGAUAUUUACGAAACCCCCGAUUUGACCGACGAAGCAUCCACAGUGCCAACGGCCACCGUCCGCACGGAUUCCGACCAUGACGACGCCGGCUCCAGCUCAGACAUCGAUCGUGAAGGCGUCAAUGCCGAUCAGGCGCGCCUGCACUUCAUGGGCGCCGCCGUGGAUGCCCGGGACGCCAAUUUCUCCGACACUAUUUCCACGAAACGACAGGCGUAUCGGAGCAAGAGCAAAAGCCGUCGCCGCCGGCGGAGACGCGAGGACGGGACCGAAGAAGUGGGCGACUUGACUGAUAGCGAGGACGAAUCGUUCGAGAGAAGGCUGGCACGAUUGCGAAGGGAGGUCGAGGAUUUGAAGGUGGAAAUGGCUCAACAGCCGACGUCUGACGAGGACAAGGGCGAGGGGAGUGGGCCGUCACAGGAGGCGUCCGCUAAAAAAUCAGGGGAAGAAAAUGCGUUGGGUGAUGGCGUGGCAGAGCUGAGCCGGGCUCUGGAUAACCUGCAUGCUUCGUCGCGGGGUGACGUCGGCUCAUCGCACUCGGCUGCUAUGGCAUUGUCGCAAAAACUCGGGUCUGAUGCCCGCCCCGCGGCGCCUGCUGCGGACUCGACUAAACCACAAUCCCCGGCCGGUGGUUCAGCACCCACUGCCGCCGUGGCUGCUGCGCCGGCAGUGACAGCGGCAUCUCCCGCAGGCCUCUUGUCGCAUGCGACAGCAUUCGACGGCCGUCUGGCCCUCCUCGAGGCCUCCAUGGGCAUUUCAAGCUCCUCGAACCCGUUCAUCGGCGAUGGGAUCAGUGACCCGUCCCUGCAGCCGGUCCUGCCCUCACUGGAUCAACUCACCUCCCGCCUCUCCGCGCUCACGGGCCUGCUCGUGGGCAAAAACCCCGCCUCCGCCCCAGGUGGUGGCCCCGGUGUCGUCCCAGGCCUGACGACCCCGCACCUCGAAGCACUCUCGACGCGGGUCCGCAAGCUGACCACCGACGCCGAGGCCCUCGCAUCGGCGCGCAGACGCGCUGUGGACGCCGCCAAAGCCGCCCAGACCGCGCGCAUCACCGCCACAAGCUCCGAGCCCGACGCUGUGCCGCCCGCACCGGACACCGUCCCCGCCGACGACGAGCAAGCCGCCAAAAUCCAGGCUCUGUACGCCACCCUCCCGACAAUCCAGUCUCUGCACCCGCUGCUCCCCAGCGUUCUGGAACGCCUGCGCUCCCUCCGCGCGGCUCACGAUGGCGCAUCCAACGCCGCCGAAUCCAUCGAUGCACUCGAGAAACGCCACGCUGAGAUGGCCUCGGAGAUUCAGCAGUGGCGCGAGGGUUUGACCGUCGUCGAGGACAAGAUGCGCCAGGGCGAGGAAGCUCUGCGCUCCAAUGUCGAGACUGUCGAGCCUUGGGUGCGUGAUCUGGAGGCCCGGCUAGCUCGUCUCGGAGGACCACCUGGCGGACUGUAG